GUGCCAUCACAGCGCCUCUAGGUGGGAAAUAGUUCCGAGGGCGGAGGUGAGUGCUGUGUUAUGGGGCUAGGGAAGCAUGGCGGCGUGUACCGCUCCACCGGGGCAGGAUACACCGAGACUAGUGUGUGACCCAGAAGUGUGCUAAGCCCUGAGCAUUCCUUCAUUCCCUGCUAGCAAACCGUAAUGUUCCAUGUAUUAUAGCUAGUGAUACAUCACAUGGUGCAGGAAGUGAAGGCAGUACAGCUUGUCCUGCUAGCAGCCUCUAUCUGAUUAAUUGACAGCUGCUGUUAUUAUUAUAGAACAUGGCAGAUUGGAUUCCUGGGUGUAUUGCUCUGAUAUUCGGUAGUUCUUGGAAAUGAACAUUCAUGAAAGAUUAUUUUUUUUCAUGUUAACAAAGCAUUUUGAAUGUGAAUUUAAAACAAGUCGCUGUAGUUAUGUGAUGUAAAGGGACAUCUCAGGUCAUAUUGCGCUCUAAUAUGAACAAAAAUAAUAUAUCUAUAUUGCUUUUGAUUUAAUUCAUCAGAAUUUAGAGCUUCCUGCAACGAGUUCUGCCCAAUCUAGGAAGUUUCUGGCAACUUAUUCUAGCUGUAGAGUUUGUUUUAAAUAGCAGAUAUUUUAAAAAAAACUUUCAGCCACAGUUUACUUUACAAACUCUCUCUCUCCCUCCUCUUUUUGUGAUAAUAGGUUGAAACGCCUUUGUGAGGUUUCCUGUUGCCAAAAUGGAAGUUUUCCAUUCCGUGAAGGAGAGGACAAUAGCAGAAAACAGCAUGGUCAUACUUCUUCAGGGACUUCACGGAUAUGUCACCACUGUUGAUCUCAGAGAUGAAAGCACAGCCAGAGGUACAAUCACCAAUGUGGAUGCUUUCAUGAACAUUCGAUUGGCUAACGUAACCUAUAAGGACCGACAAGGGAAAGAGGCCAAGCUGGAUGAUCUGUUUGUUACAGGGCGCAAUGUACGUUACGUACACAUUCCAGAGGAAGUAGAUAUCAUCCGAACUAUUGAAGAGCAGUUACAGAAGAUUCAGAGUAUUCGUGGCUUUGGUGGAAAGGGAAGAAAAGAGUUUCCUACAAGGAAGUCAAAAUGAGCAUCAGUUUAGAAGAAACACAUAUUCCAGUGUUAUAUUAUUAUAUUUGUGUAAAGAUGCUAACAUGAAUUCUACUGCAAAAUGUUACUUAACUAUAAGACCAAAUAGUACCCUUUUUUUUUGUGCCAGCUACAGUGACUUUUUCUUUUCCUUUUUUCACAUGCUCAUAGAACUAUUUAAGCCAUAAUUUAAAAUGCCAAUGAAAUGCAUUGGAUUUAUACUAAAGUAUAUUGUGUGUGUGUGUGUGUGUGUGUGUAUGUAUGUAUGUGUAUAUGUGUGUGUGUGUGUGUGUGUGUGUGUGUAUAUAUAUAUAUAUAUAUAUAUCUCUAUCUCUUUUUGGAAACUGAUAUUCCCCACAUACAGUCUGGACCAUAUGACCUUAAAGGAAAAUUAUAGCAUUAGGAAUACAAACCUGCAUUACUAAUGCUAUAGUGACCCUGUCCCUUUUUAGACAAGUCCUUCCCCCUCUUUUCUCCAGUGCUGAGACUCCAUUGGAUCUGCUGCCGCUCUGCCUACUCAUUGUGGGAGGAGUUGCAACCCAGGCAUUUGUCCAGUGCAAUGUUGGAAGACAGCCACUAAAGGUGUAUUUAAAGGGAAACUAUAGUUCCUCUGUAUCUUUACAAAACAGCAUAAAACCUGGACGUGGGGGGGUUACUGUUCUACUUGUGAGACAUCCAUGAACACAAUUUAGUGUAUUAGAGCAGUAAAACGUAUUAUGCUGAUGAUAUCAGUAAAAUGGCAGGGUUUUUUUUUGUGAAAAAUGCAAAAAACAUAUGAAUGCUAACUUUGGUCAGGGUUUGUGACUAUGUGGCUACUAAAAAAGACUGGACAUAACCCAUUUGAAUACCCUGGGUUGUAUACUUUUGCAAAUGGUAUGCCAUGAUGUGGGUAAUUUUCAUUCCUGGACUGCCAUACGUUCUCAAAUUCAACAUAGACCCAGCAAACCAAUCUAGUAAAUUUCAAUGUGUAAAAACUGAAAAGGGGGAAAGCCCUGUAUUUGACCCUGUAACUUUACAAAACCCCAUAAAAUCUGUACGGGGGGGUACUGUUGUUCUCAUGAGACAUCGCUGAACACAAAUGUGUGUUUAAUUGCAGUAAAAGCAAACAGUAUUAUGAUAUUCACAGUUAAAAUGUCAUGCAGAACUUGGCAAAUAACACUUUUUUUUUCAUUUUUAUCACAGUUUUUUAGAUUUUAUUUAUAUUUUUUUAUUCUAUCCAUUUAUGUAUAGUAAAAAGUGACAUUCCAAUGAAUACAUAUAGGAAGCAAGGUACAACAAUCAAUGCAAGUGCAUGGUACUAAUUCAACAUUGCAAGUAACAAGUGGAGUCUUCCAAAGGUGGUUUCAUAUGUAUUGUACAAAUACAAGAGUUCGAUGAAGUACUGGUGUGUGUGUGCCAACUAGUAGCACUAUUAAAAUGUGCAUGAUGGUUUUGUCCCAUAAAGAAUUUUGCUCUUGGGUAGGUGUAAGCAUGAGACUCUCAAUAUUAAGUCUGGUGUGGGGGGGGUUGCUUUUAUAUUCGUGAGUUAAUUUUUAGGUUGAAAUCUGCGUAUUGUAUACAAAUAGUAAGUAUCUGUGGUAAAGGGAGGGGGAUGUAUGGAGCAAGAAUGGAAUGGGGUUAAAACAUAAGACACAGUAGCCACGGCUUUCUUUUGUAUUAUACCCUAAGCUUGACAAUCUUGACAAAGUGUGGAGCUUAAGACAAGCUCCACCUCCUUUUUCAAGAUAGUGGCUUAAGCUCCACCUGUUGUCAAAAUUGUCAAGCAUAGGAAAAAUACAUAAGACAAAGCCGUGGCUACGGUGUCUUAUGUUUUUAAAGAGAAGUAGACCAGAAAAGAAGUAAUGUUUUUGAGAAACUGGUUUACCUUGCAGGGUUAAAUGGGCACUAGAGGUGCUUCUGCUGCACCAUGUAAAACCUGUUCACCUAAUGCACAUGCUGCAAAGUAAGGCAUUGAUUCAGUUACAGAGGUACCCCCCCUUUUUUCCAAUAAACAUUACAAAAAAGAAAAACGCUUUUUACUUACCUUUUUUCUAGAUUCCCUUAGCACUGCUUACCUCUUCUCUUCCUGCCACGUCAUGCCUCUUCCACAAUAGCUCAGUACCAUGCUCCUUAUAGAGGAGCAUUGGGGACUUGAUGUGCAUGCACAGUCAUUCAAGCUUCCACCAUAGGAAAAGUUUGGAUGAAUGCUUUCCUGUGGGGCUUCCACAUCAAGUGACAAGUGAGUUUUAUUUGCUCAGUGCCACGGAAGAAGACUGCAAUGUUUUGCAUUGCAGAGUUUAAAGAACAGAGCCAGGGGUCCUAUAAAAGAAAACCGAGCAUAUUGUGGAAGAAAAAAAAUAUUUAUGGGGCUACGUGUAUCAGGAUCUGUAUGUUUAAUUUCUCUUAAAAUUGUGUAGGUUAUAUGUCACUUUUUUUAAAAUUUCCAAAGCUGUGCAGAAGUGAAGAACCAUUACAUCCUUUCAAAAAGCAAAACAAGGCUUUACUCUUUAAGUUAGUAUUACCUCUAGAGUGAUAUGGAUGCCGUGAACUGGAGAACAUAUUGCUUGUAAACACUGUUACUUGCCAGCAUGCAUAAGGUCUUGCGUCUGACUUACCCGUGUUUUUUGUUCCAAUCUGGGCACCCGGAGUUCUUGGCUAGGGCUCCUCAUUGAGAAAUGUAAUGUAUGUGCCAGAAGUGUCUGCCAAUACAGACCUCACUGCUUCUGUGCAAAUUGAACCUGUAGUUUCUCUUCCAAAACUACAGCUCAACUAACAAGUGGUGUUGGAUGCUAAACCUGUUGUGCUUUGCGAUAACUAUCUACAUUUUGAUAUAUACCGUGUACAGGUGUAUUUUAUAUGUAUAGCUUUACUAGUUGCAGCUUAACUUUGAAGGGGUGAUGUUAACAGGUUUUAUUUUUAUUAAAUUGACAGAAUGUCUGGGCAUAGAGAACUGAUACACAUGGACACUAUUCCAUUUAAAGGAACACUUUGUUGUUUCUUUGUCGUUGUCCCCAGCACCAUUUAAUCAAUAUUUAUCUAUGGGAGAUUGGAUGUCUGCAUGCAUAGUCAAACUCAGUGAAACAGCAGGAAGCGCCUCAAGUGGCUGUCGAGUAGACAGCCAUUAGAGGCAGACUUAACUCUGCAAUAUAAACAUUGUAGUUUCUAUGAAACUGAAAUGUAUUAGACUGUAAGGUUAAGGGGACAGGUAUAGUGCAUCCAGACCUCUUCAAUGAGAUGAAGUUGUCUUGGUGACUAUAGAGUCCCUUUAGCCACACUAGAGGGAAACUAGUGGGAAAAGGUUUAAGAAAUAAAAUGCAAGGAUGAAGAGAGACAAGAAUGAAAGUUCCCAGUUUCCUUGCCCCAGUAAAUGCUGCUGUAUUGUUUAUUUAAGUGAAGAGUGCACCAAAGUUAGACAGACAUUAUAGUCACCCAGACUACUUCAUGUCAUUAAAGUGGUCUCGGUGCAUUCCAAGUCCCACUUCUGAGAAACUACAGUAAUUAUAUUGCAGGACUAAGAUUGCUCCUGUGAUUGUCAAUUAGACAGCCACUAGAGGCACUUCCUGCUUGCUAACUGACUUUUAGGUCUCCUGACGCUGGGCGUUCUCACUUUCUGCAUGAGGACAUCUAGCGUCAGCUAUAUCCCCAUAGGAAAGCAUUGAAAAAAUGCUUUCCUAUGGGAAGGGCCUAAAGCGUUUUGCAGCUCUCGACGCUCAGGCACAUUAGCCUCCGUCCCCCUGUUGGAUGAUGUAGGAGGAGACUCAGCGCCAACCCAUCACUGAGGGACAUCGGCGAUGAAAUUGUGUAAAUUAAUAAAUACAUUUUUUUUACCCUUUAGCUGCUUGUGGAGGAGUGGGGGGUGUGAUGGGCAGGGGACCAGAGGGCUCUAUAGUGUAAGGAAUACAGAUUUUUAUCGAAUUCCUUUAAUAAGUUAAAUCACACUUAUCGCACAGGGAUUAAAAUUAAUUAAUGCCCUGUUUACCUCGACAGCUUGGCAUAUAAUAUGCAUUUAAAAAGCACAAUUUGUUCUUUUGAACAAGUUCAGUGAAAUUACAGUUUGCUUUUAAUGGUGUGUGAAAUAUCUAUUAACUGCCUAAAACAAGCCUGUAAUCCUAAUGAAAUAUUCCCCACAGACAGAAACACACAUUAAAGGGACAUGAUAGGCAUCCUGACCACUUUACGUCAUUGAAGUGGUCUUGGUGAAGUGUCCCUGUCCCCUUUAGCCUUGCAAUGUGAAACAUUGCAUUGCUAAGACUGCCUCUGAUGGCUGUGUAUCAAUCACUAGAGGCAUUUCAUGAAGUUUAAUGCUGGACUACCUUACACUUUGCAUGAAGCAAAACCCCAUAGGAAAGCAUUGAUUUAAUGCUUUUCUAUGGGGAGGCCUAAUGUGCAUGCAGCAUUCACCAUGAAUGCGCAAUAGGUCCUCCCCAUCAGCGGAGCAAGAAUGCAACCCAACGCAGAGAAACCUCGGGGGCAAACAGACACUUUAGAUACAUCUAAAUACAUCUUUGUAUUUCUAACACUAAAGUGUUUCUUUGGUGCAGAUAAUUACACAUUUAUACUUAAUAUACACAGAUGCAGUGAAGGCUUAACUCAGCCUAAAGGUGGCUGUCCGGCUAUUCCUUCUUUUAUAUUGCACAGCAGAGAUGAACAUGAGGCAGUUGCACAGGACUCUUACUUCAGGGUUAAACCAUUCACAAAUAGUUUACUUCCUGAAGGUAAAAAGACCUGCCCCCAAUAACAGCUUCAAUAUGUUUAAAGGGACACGCUGGACACCAGUACAACUUUUAUGCUUUUGGUUUUGGAUUCAAUAAUAUGCUGUAUUUGUUACAAUCAGAAAUCUUUAUAGUUGUGCACAAAAAUAAAGUUUUUCAGAAUGCACCACCAGAAGCCUGUGCCCUCCUUGCUCACUUACUCCAGAAAGGAUUCCUUAUCAAAUGUAUGCAAACAGUUUAUAGUUCAGCCUGUAAUAGCCUUGAGUUUCCCUUUAAAGCUGCUAGUGACUCUGAUUGUCCCUUUAAGUUGUUAUGAGGGCGGGUGUGUUUCUAAGCUUUUAACGCACG